ACCUUCCUAACAGACAUCGCAACAUUAGCGUCAUCCUCGCUCCCUCCAUCCCACCGCCCCUGUCGAUCUCUGGCUUUGGCCUCGUCAGCCUCACGCCGCCCAGUCCUACUCCUUCGCCGCCGCCACGCGCGUGGCCAGGCCACCCCAGCCCUAGCAUGGCGAAGCCAGCGCGAUCGCCCACGGCGGAGGCCCCGCCGGCGGCGGCAACCGCGGAGAAGUCCCUCUCCGAGGGCGGGUCGGGGCUCCGGUCCCUCGCCAGCGCCGCCUCCGGGUGGUGGGACCGGUGGUCGGUCAUAGGCUCCACCCUCUCCAAGCUCGAGAGGGCCUUCGGCGACCAGUUCCCCGAGGGCGAGCGCUACUUCGGCCUCGAGAACUUCGGCAACACCUGCUACUGUAACAGCGUCCUCCAGGCACUUUAUUAUUGCAUUCCAUUUCGGGAGCAGCUUCUAGAAUAUUGUGCCAAUAACAAAAAUACUGAUGAUGCUGAAGAAAAUUUGCUGACCUGUCUAGCAGAUCUUUUUUCACAGAUAAGUUCAGCGAAGAAAAAGACUGGUGUUAUCGCUCCAAAACGUUUUGUUCAAACGGUUAAGAAACUGAACGAAUCUUUUCGCAGUUACAUGCAUCAGGAUGCCCAUGAAUUUUUGAAUUUCUUAUUGAAUGAGAUUGUUGAUAUUCUGGAAAAGGAGUCUAGUUCUCCAAAGGAUAAUUCUCCUGAGACCACAUCUCCUGAAAAGGUCUUGAAUGGGGCAGCAGUGGAUGCAGUCAAAAAAGAGCCACUGGUUACAUGGGUACAUAAGAAUUUUCAGGGUAUUUUGACCAAUGAAACCAGAUGUCUAAUGUGUGAGACCAUCACCGCAAAGGAUGAGACAUUUUUUGACUUGAGCGUUGAUGUUGAACAGAAUAGUUCACUCACAAGCUGCCUGAAGAGUUUCUUUUCCACUGAGACUUUAAAUGCUGAUGACAAGUUCUUCUGUGACAAAUGUUGCAGUUUGCAAGAAGCAGAGAAGAGAAUGAAGAUAAAAAAGGCGCCACAAAUAUUGGUGAUUCACUUGAAGCGUUUCAAGUUCAUCGAGCAGCUUAAUCGGCACAAGAAACUGUCGUAUCGAGUGGUAUAUCCCUUGGAGCUGAAGCUCAGCAGCAUCUCUGACGAUGCAGACUGUGAGUACUCCCUCUUCGCUGUGGUGGUCCACCUGGGGAGCGGCCCCAACCAGGGCCACUACGUAGCCAAAAUCAAAAGCCAUGACCACUGGUUGUCUUUCGACGAUGACAGUGUCGAGAUGAUCCAGGAGUCCACCCUGCAGACAUUUUACGGCUCUUCUCGUGAAUAUUCCAGCAACACGGAUCAUGGCUACAUCUUGUUCUAUGAGCGCCUUGGUGGGAAUUGCCAUGAGAAGACAGACUCUCCCAAGGGUGGAGUGUGACCGUGGACAUGAGAUCUUGUGGGUGUACAUGUGGCACACUUUAAAUCGACACAGAAAAAGUGUAGUUUGGAUUUUAAUCGAAGUUCUUAUACAGGAUCAAUCCGCUGGCCAAUGGAUGGAGAUUCUAUGAUGUAACUGCACCGUUAUGUGGAUCUUGUGUGUUAGUGAUGACGUUAUUCUGUGCAGUUACGUUAGAGGAACUGCUUGCUUUGCCACUAUAUCAUUUGAUUUUGUUUUCAUAAUUUAAACUUGAGAUAAAUUUUUGUUCUCGGCGAACAUCA